AUGGGCGUUGAAGAGAAAUCAGAUAGCUCUUCGGAGCUCACAAUGGAGUUCACAAAGGAGCGCUCUGCGGCCGCUGUGACCAGCGAUGAAGAGAAGUUGCUGAGUGAUCCUGAGACUCAGAUGUUGCCAACGGCAAGGGUCGCGCAUGCCCCUGUGCCCAGUGGCUGGUUUGACCCCGGAUCUUUUACAAACCUGCAGUGGGCGUCAAAUAUAUCUCACACAGUCAGUGAUACGAUAAGUUACGUCGCCGGGCAGUUCUCAGAGGAGCCCCGGGGUUCGGCUGUGGAGGAAAAGAGGCGUUCCGAGGCGAUCGAUCAGUUUCUUGAUCAAGAGUCCCACAGACGAGACCGACAACUAAAAGUGAUGAUGUUUGGUGAUAUCUGGCAAAAGCAAGUCCUCUGGAGACAUUCUCGUCUAAUUAUGCAGCCAUUGUCCAGUCAAGAGCGGUCAGACUUGAUCCCUGAGGUACGUCGAGCUGUUCUUGACAUGGCAAUGACUGUCCUUCACUAUCUGGAUGAAGAAAUCAUUUACAAGACGAAAGAGAAGAACUGGGAUGAAGGGUGGGCUCGCGAGAUCAGAGCGAUCAGAUCUCUGCACUGGAACGACGAGACAGAAAGAGUGAACCAAAUCCUGGCAUUAAACAACGAGACUUUCCACGCCCAAUUGAAUCAGCACGGGCUUUCGAUGAAGGAGGUAUAUAGCAAAACCCAUUUUUUCGAUGAACCUGGAUUUCUGGCCUGUCCAUAUUAUGACAAUCAAGACAUCUUCAAACAGGUAGAGAGAGUGUACGCCGCAGACUACGAGCCGACAGACCACGACUUUUUCCACUUUGACCGGCGUUUAUCCCUAACCCUGAUACGAGAAGUGAGAAUCGAAAAGAUUGGUUAUUCUAUUCAACUCCAGGAUCCGGUUCGAAAUAUGGGUGAGCGACGAAAAUGGAUCCACCAUAUCGAGAACCCUACUGGUGUAUUGUUCAUUGCCGAUAUCAGCCGUUACGAUGAGGCACUUCUAGAGGAUGACUCGUCGAACGUCUUAGGCGAGCAGAUUGUGGCUUAUGAGUCAAUCCUUUCGUCCAAGUGGUUUUAUAAGGCCCCAAUACUGCUUGCCUUGUCCAAUGUGGUCUUGUUUGAGGCCAAGCUGGAAAUCUCGCCUCUUGCCAAGAUCUUCCCGGACUACGAGGGCACAAGUUUGGAUGAUGCGAAGGCAUAUAUUGCCUCUAGAUUCCUGAGUCGAGCCAAGGAUCGGACAGACAUUCAUGUAGUAUAUCUCAAUGUGUGCGAUGAGCAGAAUGUGCGAGAAAUUCUUGACGCCAUGGAGGGAACCGUACUCAAACCAGCACUUACGAGGCUCGGUGUUGUUGAGCAGAUAUAG